AUGGGUGAAUCAACAGGAGAGCGUGAACGAUUGGAAAAACCCACUGUUUCUGUAACCAAGCAAGGAUCCGGAGAUGAUCGUAUCAGUAAUUUGCCUGACGAUCUUCUCUUUCACAUUUUGUCAUACCUUCCUACAAAACACGCAGUGGGCACCUCAAUUUUGUCAUCCAGGUGGAAUAAUCUGUUUCCCUUUGUCCCAGAUCUUAAAUUAGACUUCGAUGAUUCCUUGCUCCUACCUCGUCCCGAUCAAGAACACAACCAAGAAAAUGUGGCGUCUGAAUCCAAGCCCGAUGAGCUUGCAAACAGUUUCAGAGAUUUUGUUAGUGGGGUUUUGAAUCGGUUGGAGCAAUGCAAUGCUAGGAUUCGAGAAUUCAAUCUCAUAUGCCGUGAAAAGUACGACGAUGAUUGCAUCGUUUCUUGGCUCCGGGCUGCUGCUAGGCUCCGCGUGCAAGAUGUUCGUCUUUAUGUCUCAAUCAAGAAUUCUGUUAAGUUACUCUCGAGUCUUGAUGGUUGCAUUACCUUAGAGACGUUGCAUGUAGGUAAAGGCUUUGAUCUCCCUGCUUCGGAUCUUCCUGAUGUUAAGUAUCCUAAUUUGAAGACAUUGGUUCUCUAUCAAGUUAAAGUUCUUGAUGUUAUGGAUAAACUCUUUGAUGGAUGCCCAGUACUUGAAAAGUUGGGAAUGUUUGGUUGUAAUUGUUGGAUAGACACCAUUGGCUUCAUUAUUCCUACGCUAAAACAUUUGGUUCUGGAAAAGAGUUUGACUGAUGAACAAUUCGCCUGGCACAUUGACACGCCAAAGCUUGAAUAUCUGUACUACUCUGGCAUACCUCUCGAAGAAUUCGACUACAUUGGCAAUUUUGAUUGUAUUCAUGAGCUAAGUUUACAUGUUUUGUGGAAACUUGUUAAUGGAGAACUGAGAGAGCCCGAGUAUGACGACCUCCACAACAUAGCUGUGCUUAUUAAUGGAUGCUCUGAAGUUCAGAGUUUAUAUUUUGGAAACUUAACUAUGGAGGUUCUUCAUCGUUUGUCUCUUCCACUGCCUAAAUUUGGUAACCUACAAAGUCUGCGGCUCCAAGUAAAGAAGAUGGGUGCUUGGAACACAUUUGGAAGAUUACUUGAAGCUGCUCCAAAUCUUGAAACAUUGAUUAUUGAGAGAUCCGACAUGUUUGAUGGGGGCUAUGAGCGGUUCUUCUCAUCACUCGAAGGUGUGCCUCGUUGUUUAUCCUCGAGCAUGAAGAAGAUAGUGAUUGCAGAGUUCAAAGGUCUAGAAGACGAAAUCAAACUCAUUGAAUAUCUUCUACGAAAUGGAAAAGUGCUGCAGGAAGUGAUUUUCAAUUGCAACUUCAACUUUAGUGCUGAUAAUGAUUCUGUUUCGAGGAGAUUAUCUCUUGCAUUGACAUCAACGGCUUGCAAGAUCCGCUACCCCAAAAUCAACAUGGUUUAG